AUGUCGUACGUCCGGCUCGGGAACUCUGGGCUCAAGGUGUCGAAAAUCAUCCUUGGCACCAUGCAGUACGGUAGUUCUCAAUGGCAGGAAUGGGUCAUUGGAGAGGAGGAAGCUAUCAAGCAUAUCAAAUUUGCAUAUGAAGCCGGGAUCCAGACGUUCGACACUGCCAAUGUAUAUUCCAACGGUCUUUCGGAGAUCAUCCUGGGUAACGCUAUCAAGACCCUGAAGCUACCGCGCGAAGAGAUCGUUGUGAUGACGAAGGUCUACAAUGCGGUGGCACGCGACUAUGGUCUGAACAUCAAGGCGCAGGGCAAAAACCCAGACGAUCUGGGCUUGAUCAACCAAUACGGUCUCAGCCGCAAGCACAUCUUCGACUCGAUCAAGGCCAGUUUGGAGCGCUUGCAGCUGGACUACGUGGACGUCCUGCAGUGUCACAGAUUCGACAAAGACACGCCUAUUGAAGAGACCAUGCAGGCACUCCACGAUGUCGUGAAAGCCGGCUACGCGCGCUACAUCGGCAUGAGCUCGUGCUAUGCUUACCAGUUUCAUGCUAUGCAGAACUAUGCGAUAAAGAAUAACCUCACACCGUUUAUCUCCAUGCAAAACCACUACAGCCUCAUCUACCGCGAAGAGGAACGUGAGAUGUUCCCGACGCUCAAGAUCUUUGGUGUCGGCUCUAUUCCAUGGUCGCCGCUCGGCCGAGGACUCCUGACGCGUCCGUUUGGGGAGAAAUCAACACGAGGAAACACGGAUUGGUUCAUCAGGAGCUACAAGGGCGAAGGCACACCCGAGAUUGUCAACCGCGUCGAGGAGAUCGCGAAGAAGAAGGGGAUCAGCAUGGCCCAAGUCGCCAUUGCUUGGACGCUAUCAAAGCCAGGUGUCACUGCGCCGAUCGUGGGCACGACCAGUCUCGAGAACCUGAAGGAUAUCAUAGGUGGGGCAAGCGUGACUUUGACGAAUGAAGAGAUCAAGUACCUUGAAGAGCCGUACCAGCCGCAGGCAAUCGUGGGCCAUGUUUGA